GAACAACAGUGGCACAAGCCAAGAACCAUGGGUAUUAAACCAGGUCCCAUCGAAAAGAUGGCUGUGAUGUCUGCCAAACCAAAGCAGAGGACCAUGGCCGAGGGAGUAAGGUCCACACUGUACAAAGCCACCAGUGGAGAGUUGCUGGACCUGUCUGUUCUCAAAGUGUCAGAGAUCUACAAAGAGUUCACCCCUGUUUCUGCACCAACCAUUUGUACAAUGGGUAUCACCUGUGAGGUGCCACUGGUGAACUGUGCACUGGGUUUGGUACAAGUAGGUAGUCCUCUUUCAUAUCAACAACCCAUGGCAAGAAGUCGCUCUGUUGCUCACCCUGAUGCUCCACCACGUCCAGAUCAACAGCUGCACUUCAAGUCACUUGAGGUUACCUGGGAAAUGGCUAAGAACAUAGAGGGUGCAACUAGGGGCCAAAGUGCAUCUACAGACUGGCAUAGACUGAGAAAACCUAGACUCACCUCAUCACAUUUUGGGGAAAUAUGCCAUGCAAAACCUUGCACCUUAGAAAAGAUGGCUGACCGGUUGCUCAAAGGGGUCCGUCAGACAGCAGCAAUGAAGAGGGGUCUCGAAAUGGAAGAUGAUGCCAUCGAGGAGUAUUGCCAGCUCAAGAGGGUGAACCACUAUCCUUGUGGUUUUGUUAUACACCCUGACACACCCUGGUUAGGCACAUCCCCAGAUGGGGUUGUCUUUGACCCAACAGAGUGUUCUGAAUUCGGCCUUGUGGAAAUAAAAUGUCCAAACAUUAAAAGCUAUGUGGAUUAUCCACAUCUGAAAAUGAAAGACGGCAACCUGGAAUUGAAGCCAGGUCAUGGCUACUACUGGCAGGUGCAGGGUCAGCUGCUCCUAACGGGGAUGGAGUGGUGCGAUUUUGUGGUGUUUGCGGAGGAAGACACCCAGAUUCAAAGAAUAUACAGGGACAGUGAUGUGAUACAAAAAAUAAGAGAGAGAGCAGACUUCUUUUUUUUCUACACAUGCCUACAUAAAUAUCUGUUGUAUGAUCAGCAAACAAUGAAUCCUUAGAAAUGUCUUGUUCUGGUUGAUUUCUCAUUAGAAUGUGAGGCCUUCAAGUGGGUUGUUUUAAGUUUAUUUAUGGAGUUGUAAAAUGUUUAGGAUUGACCACUUCACUUAAAGUGUACACACCAAUGUAUUGCUAGAUUUUAAACCAAUAUUCAAUAUGUGUGAGGACCACUUGAGGGAAAUGAAAGGAAAUAAAGUUGAU